GAUCUGCGAAGAAGAUGGGGGAUGAUGAUGCUGUAUUUGUUUAAGUUUGGGAAAUUCUAAGGAAAGCCACAUGCAAAUAACACUGCCCAGCCCCUUCGCCUUGUGACCUCCUUUGAAGGAAAUUCAUCCUUCAAUGUGAGGUGUCACUUGCAGUUCAAAUGCAGAGUUCCUCCCGUUAUGGUCGGCUGAAAAGCGUUCCAUUUUAUGAGUCCGUUUAUGAGCAUUUUUUUUUAUUGUUUGAAAAUUUCGCGUGUCACUGCACGAAUUGUACCAGACGUGCGAAGAAGUUUUUAAGACCCAUCUGAGAGGUCCGUUGACUGGAAGAAUCCAGCAACAGAGAAGGUCCUGCCGCCACUUGAGAGAUUUGCUGCCUCUCAGGUUACUUUCUUAAGGGGCCACUCUUACAAAGCCAGCAUUCUGCAACGAUGCCUUCUGCUCGGACAUUUAGCUGUUUAAUCGUCUUCAUCUUCAUAACACAGACUGCUUCUCAGUCCAAUAUAAAGUGGGAGCUGCAAAGAUACGAUGGCUGGUAUAAUAAUUUAGCCCAACACAAUCGAGGAUCAGUUGGUUCCCCAUUUAUGAGAAUCUCCCCAGCCCACUAUGCCGAUGGGGUGUUUGUGGCGUUGCAAGAGCCUGAGGUCCCCAAUGCACGUGAAAUCAGCAGUGCUGCAAUGGCCGGGAAGUCUGGGCUGCCAUCUGCCAAGAACAGAACUGUGCUGUCUGUCAUCUUUGGUUACCAUGUGGUUUUUGAGAUCCUCGAUGGCAGGAGGUCAGGCUGCCCUCCAGAAUUUUUCAACAUUAAGGUCCCAAGUGGUGAUCCCGUUUUUGAUCCUGAUAAAAGUGGAAAUGAGCAAAUCCCAUUCAUGCGAAGCCAGUGGUCCAAAAACACAGGGAAAAGCCCGAAUAACCCAAGAGCCCAGAUCAAUCAGGUGACCACUUGGAUCGAUGGCAGCUCCAUUUAUGGCUCUUCACAUUCCUGGUGUGAUGCCCUGAGAAGCUUCAAAGAUGGCCAGCUGUCAUCUGGGUCCGACCCUUCCUUUCCAAAGCAGAGCACCAGCCAAUACUUUAUGUGGAAUUCGGCCGAUCCAUCCACAGGACGCCAUGGCCUGAAUGGACUCUAUGAAUUUGGUAAUGCCAGAGGCAAUGAAAAUAUCUUUACUGUGGCAGAGGGUAUCGUCUGGUUCAGAUACCACAACUACCUGGCUUCCCAGUUCCAAAAACUGAACCCACACUGGUCUGAUGAAGAUCUCUUCCAACAUGCCAGGAAGAAACUAAUUGCGACACUGCAGAACAUUGUCUUCUAUGAAUGGCUGCCCACUUACCUUGGGACAGCAGUGCCACAAUAUUCAGGUUAUAGAAAAUUUGAAGAUCCUGGCAUCUCACCAGAAUUUCAAGCUGCAGCAAUGAGGUUUGGAGCCACCAUGGUGCCCCCAGGAGUCUACAUGAGAAACAAAGCCUGCCAGUUUCGCAACGUAAUCAAUUUUGAUGGCAGCAAGUCCUCCGCACUCCGAGUCUGUAACAGCUACUGGAGCAGAGAGAACCCCAACUUAAAAACUAGAGAAGAUGUGAAUGAGUUAAUAAUGGGAAUGGCCUCACAGAUUGCCGAAAAAGAGGACAACAUUGUAGUUGAAGACUUAAGAGAUUACAUGUAUGGACCCAUGAGAUUUUCACGUUCUGAUUUAAUGGCUCUCAGUAUUCAAAGAGGACGUGACAAUGGCCUUCCUCCAUACAACAAAGUACGAAAAGCUUUUGGCUUGGACCCUAUUCAGAAAUGGGAGGACAUAAACCCUGAACUGAACCAGACUGCACCUGAGGUUUUACAAAACCUCUCCCGACUCUAUGGAAACGACAUCUCAAAGCUUGAACUCCUGCCUGGAGGUCUGCUUGAAUCAAACGGGGGUCCUGGAGAACUGUUUUCAGCCAUCAUUUUGGAUCAAUUUAAACGUCUUCGAAAUGGAGAUCGUUUUUGGUUUGAAAACAAACAAAACGGGCUGUUUACCGAUAAAGAAAUUGAGGAGAUUCGAAAUACCACUUUCAGCACAGUGUUGCUUUCAGUUAUCAAUGGAACCUUCCAAAAAAGUGUGUUUAACUGGAGUUCAGGUGACCCCUGUCCACAACCUCAGCAGCUGACUGCUGAACAUCUCCACCCCUGCACAAAGGUCACCACACUGGACUACUUUGCUGGCAGUGAAGCUGGUUUUGGAAUUGUGUUGGCAGUGCUUAUCUGCUUCCCUCUAGGCUCUUUCUUAGUUGCAUACCUGGUUGCUUACUUCCGGAAGUCCAACUUUAAGAAACAUCAGAAGAAGCUGGAACCUGUGGCCAGGCAAGCUGAAUUUGGCAAAGGAUUCAAAGCAUGUGAGUGGCAAGGACCAAAAGAACCAUUUCGAGAAGUAAGUCUGAGUUACGAGGACAACAAAUGGAUGAAAGUUUUGGAUUCUCGACUUGCUCUAGUCCGAACCGUGAACCUACACAGCCAAAGCCAUGUGACUGUUAUCAAGUCUACUAAUAAAGGCCAAAAAGCUUUGCUUUUGAAGAUUCCCAAGGAGUAUGACCUGGUGCUUUUUUUCACUGAAGAACAUGAGCGAAUGCACUUCCUGAACUGCUUGAGCAGCUAUCUUCAGAAUCACCAGCUAAGUUUGAUUGUCAAUGAAAUGCGGGAACAAGACUUGUUGAAAGAAGCUGUUACAAAGCAAAAGAGAAAACGGAUCCUGGACGUCUUCUUCAGACAUGUGUUUGCUCAGGUUUUGGAAAUUGAUGGUGCAGAUGUGGACGACUUUGGUGGUGUUACAAAGCGGAGCACCAAGGAAGCGCUUCAGUGUGAACUGACACCUGAUGAGUUUGCAGACACCCUUGGGCUUAAAGUUGACUCUCUGUUUGUGGAGUCAAUGUUUUCAGUUGCUGACAAGGAUGGCAAUGGCUAUCUGUCCUUCCAAGAGUUGCUGGACCUCUUAGUCAUUUCCAUGAAAGGAUCUCCUGAAGAAAAAUCCAAGAUGCUCUUUAAAAUGUACGACAUUGAUGGAAACGGUUUUCUCUCCAAAGCAGAGUUUUCUAGGCUCUUAAGGUCCUUCAUCGAAAUUUCCAACAACUGCUUGACAAAAGCACAGACUGAAGAAGUGAUUGAGUCCAUGUUCUUAGAGGCAGGAUUUCAGGAUAAGGAGGAGAUCACUUGGGAGGACUUCCAUUUUCUUCUCAAAGACCACGACAAGGAGCUUCGCUUUGCCCAGCUUAAUGUCAAAGGCAUUGAAGUUAAAGAUAAGGAGAAGCAGAAUCUGCGCAACAGGGUGUCAUUCAUCAGCAAAGGAAAUGGAUUUGGCUGUAAUGACACUGAAAUGCAAGAUCCAGUAUCCAUGGACCAAGAAGUAAGAGACAUAAGGAGGAGACCACUUGGAAAGCCCAAUUCCUACCAGCCUAAUUUGUACACUGAAGCCAAACGGGAAAAACUUAACAGAAGCAAAAUUCAGCAAAAAAUCCAACAGUUCAAGCGCUUCAUUGAAAAUUAUCGCCGCCAUAUAGUAUGCUUUCUCAUCUUCUAUGGUAUUGCUGCAGGAGUCACUCUGGAACGCUGCUAUCAUUAUGGGAUGCAAGCAGAGACAACAGGAAUUCCCGAAACUACAAUGGUGGGAAUUAUCGUUUCCCGUGGGUCUGCAGCCUCAAUAUCCUUCACCUACUCCUACCUGCUUCUGACAAUGUGCCGUAACCUCAUCACUUUUUUGCGGGAGACAUUUCUCAACCAUUACAUCCCCUUUGAUGCGGCUGUGGACUUCCACCGAUGGAUUGCUAUGUCGGCUAUUUUCCUUACACUUCUCCACACGCUUGGUCAUGUUGUGAAUGUUUACAUCUUUAGUGUGAGUCCACUCAGCAUCUUGUCCUGCUUGUUCCCAAAUGUCUUCUUCAAUGAUGGGUCUGAACUGCCUCAGAAGUUUUACUGGUGGUUUUUUGAAACUGUACCAGGACUCACUGGCGUGCUGCUUCUCCUGCUGCUGGCCAUCAUGUAUGUCUUUUCCUCCCACUACUUCCGACGCAUCAGUUUCCGUGGUUUUUGGAUCACACAUCACCUCUACGUUCUGAUGUACAUUCUGACUGUGAUCCAUGGAAGCUUUGCCCUCAUACAGCAACCUCGCUUUCACAUCUACCUCAUCCCUCCUGCCAUCCUAUAUCUUGGAGACAAACUGAUAAGUCUGAACCGGAAGAAGAUUGAAAUUGCUGUGGUGAAAGCUGAACUCCUUCCUUCAGGCGUUACACACCUGGAGUUCAAAAGGCCUCAGGAUUUUGUGUACAAGUCUGGCCAGUGGGUGCGAAUUGCCUGCCUUGUCUUAGGCACAAACGAGUACCAUCCAUUUACUCUAACAUCCUCCCCACAUGAGGAUACUCUCAGUCUUCACAUCAGGGCGGUGGGACCAUGGACAACAAAACUACGAGAGGCUUAUUCCACGGAGAGCAUCUCUGAGCUGGGCAGUUACCCCAAACUGUACCUUGAUGGACCUUUUGGGGAAGGCCACCAGGAGUGGAACAACUUUGAAGUUUCUGUACUGGUUGGAGGUGGCAUUGGCGUUACCCCCUUUGCUUCAAUUUUAAAAGAUCUUGUUUUCAAGUCAUCAAUUAACUGCAAGAUCCAGUGCAAAAAGAUAUAUUUUAUCUGGGUGACCCGGACUCAGCGCCAGUUCGAGUGGCUCACAGACAUCAUCAAAGAGCUGGAGACAAAUGACAAUAACAACUUGGUCUCUGUUCACAUCUACAUCACUCAGCUGGCAGAGAAAUUUGACCUCCGAACUACCAUGCUGUAUAUUUGUGAGAGACAUUUCCAGAAGGUAUUAAACAGAAGCUGGUUUACCGGACUCCGUUCCGUUACACACUUUGGACGGCCACCUUUCAUUCCAUUUUUUAACUCCCUGCAGGACGUUCAUCCAGAGGUCAGCAAAAUUGGUGUGUUCAGCUGUGGCCCCCCAGGUUUAACGAAAAAUGUUGAGAAAGCCUGUCGACAGAUUAACAAGCGUGAUCAGACUCACUUCAUUCAUCACUACGAGAAUUUCUAAGUCUG